GAGCCGGACCGGGACAACCGGACCGGGACAGCCCGACCGGGACCGGCACCCCGGGGAGCCAUGGCCGCGGUGACGAGGGGCACCGCGACACGCCGCAGCCGCCUGAAGCGCUCGGACGGCAGCACCACCUCCACCAGCUUCAUCCUGCGGCAGGGCUCAGCAGAUUCGUACACGAGCAGACCCUCGGACUCUGAUGUCUCUUUGGAAGAGGACAGGGAAGCAAUCCGCCAGGAAAGGGAGCAGCAAGCAGCCAUCCAGCUGGAGAGGGCCAAGUCCAAACCUGUAGCAUUUGCUGUCAAGACCAACGUGAGUUACUGUGGGGCUCUGGAUGAAGAUGUUCCUGUCCCAAGCACUGCCAUCUCCUUCGAUGCCAAGGACUUCCUCCACAUCAAAGAGAAAUACAACAAUGACUGGUGGAUAGGGAGGCUGGUGAAGGAGGGCUGCGAGAUCGGCUUCAUCCCGAGCCCGCUGCGCCUGGAGAACAUCCGCAUCCAGCAGGAGCAGAAGAGGGGCCGCUUCCACGGAGGGAAAUCCAGUGGGAAUUCUUCUUCAAGCCUUGGAGAGAUGGUUUCUGGCACAUUCCGAGCCACACCUACAGCCACAGCAAAACAGAAACAAAAAGUGACAGAACACAUUCCCCCCUAUGAUGUAGUGCCAUCCAUGAGACCUGUGGUGUUGGUGGGCCCAUCACUCAAAGGCUAUGAGGUGACAGACAUGAUGCAGAAAGCUCUCUUUGACUUCCUGAAGCACAGGUUUGAUGGGAGGAUAUCCAUCACCAGAGUGACAGCUGACAUCUCCCUGGCCAAGAGGUCUGUGCUCAACAACCCCAGCAAGAGGGCGAUCAUCGAGCGCUCCAACACCCGCUCCAGCCUGGCUGAAGUGCAGAGUGAGAUUGAAAGAAUCUUUGAGCUGGCCAGGUCCUUACAGCUGGUUGUGCUGGAUGCAGACACUAUAAAUCACCCUGCACAGCUUAUCAAGACAUCCCUAGCACCAAUUAUUGUCCAUGUGAAGGUGUCCUCUCCAAAGGUUUUGCAGCGACUGAUCAAGUCCAGAGGGAAGUCACAAAGCAAACACUUGAAUGUCCAGUUGGUGGCAGCUGAUAAACUUGCACAAUGCCCACCAGACAUGUUUGACGUGAUCCUGGACGAGAACCAGCUGGAGGACGCCUGUGAGCACCUGGCCGAGUACCUGGAGGCGUACUGGAGAGCCACGCACACGUCCAGUGCCACGCCCAUGACCCCCCUGCUGGGCAGGAACCUCGCACCCUCCGCCCUGUCCCCGUACCCCGCUGCCAUCUCCGGCCUGCAGAGCCAGCGCGGGAGGCACGGCGCCCACUCUGCGGAGAACUCGCCCACGGAGCGGCGCGGCCUCGACGAGAAUUACCGCGGCGAGAGGGCUCGCAAGAGCAGGAACCGUUUGUCUUCCAGUUCCCAGCACAGCCGAGAGCACUAUCCCCUGGUGGAAGAGGAGUUCUCCGAGCCCUACCAGGACUCGUACAAACCCCACCGCGCCCGCGGCUCGCCCGGCGCCUACAGCCACGACUCGCGGCACCGGCUCUGAGCGCGGGGCCGGGCGCCCGUCACCCAUCCCUCGCCAUGACGUAGCUAGAGAUAACGAUUAAUUAAAUUAAUUAAUUAAUUAAUGGAACCACGUUGAUUUGGCAGGCGUGGCGGUGGCAGCGCACCCGCGCCCUGCUCUCAUUGAUGUUUAAUUAGGGGGCAGCGAAACCCGGCCCGGCCCUUCCGUUUCUGCCCAAUCUGUUUUUGGGAUUAGUUUUGGGUUUAAUACAGCGUUUGCAUUUAUAGCCAUAUUUUAUUUUAUUUUAUUUUAUUUUUUUCUCUUGUCCUUAGGUAUUAGAACACAUCCGUUUGUAAUUUUGGGUACUUAUCGAGGCACUUAUAAAAUAAUUUCCUGUGCUGGAAAUUCCAAAUGACCAGUUCCAGUUGGAACCAAUUUAUAAACCAAUUCCUGUUGGAAUUUGGGUGAAUUGACUGGAAAGUCGACGUGAGCAUGUUGAGAAAAAAAAAAAAAAAAACCAAAUACAAAGAAAAAUCUGAAAAUCACAAACCACUGAAAGUCCGAAAGUCAGCUCCAGUAUUUGUUUGCUGGGAGCUCAAUUUCCAUUGCAGGUUAGAAUAAAAGGAUUUAUUCUAACCAUUUCUUUCCAGAAUGGCUUUUUCAGACAAACCAAAUGUAAACUCUCGAGAGUGCCAAAUAUCCCAAAUUAUUGCAGCAGUUACAAAACACUUCCCAGUUUGGAAUUAUUUUUAGACCUGGCAUGAAUGUUGCAGCCAAAUGAUCCUUGAGUUCAGCCAGUCCUGCCAGUUCUGUCAGGACCAGCAGGGAGGAACUGCGACAGGAGACGGGAAAUAGGGACAGGAAAAGGAACAAACUCCAUCGGUGGUGUGCCUGCAGCUUGGGAAUUGUUGUUGCUUUUUUUUUCCACUCUUUUACCUGAAUACAACUAUGGAACAGGAGUGUAGAGACAUCAGAUUUUUCUCCCAUUUUUCUCCUGCUUUUUAAAAGGAAAACCAUGCCCUCCUCUGAGCCCCAGUUCUCCCAGCAGUGAUCCGUGUCCCCACUGCCACCUCGGCGUGUGUGACAAUUCCAGCGGUGCACAAGAACUCUCCAGAAGAUCCAUCCCAGCCAUGGAACCCAAGGGGAAGGGAGUGGGCUUGAACAGUCAUCAGUGGUGAACAUUUCAAACAACAUCUCAGAAUUGCAAUAAAAAGGGAAGACCAGACAAAAAUCUGCUCCCAGGGAAGUCGUGGAGCUGAUUCCAAGCUUUGGAUUCCAAGAGCUAUGAUAAAUCCUUGGAGAUAUUGCUGCCUUACUUCCUACCAAUCAUUUCUGUCACCUACUUGAGUCUUGAGUUCCUUCCAAGAGAUGAAUUUCUGUGGUUGGACCUUGUGUUUAACACCAUCAGUGAAGCCUUAGAUCCCAUGGGAUUGAAAAUUGACCCCCAUUUUGUACAACCACUGACAUCUUCCAGCAGAGCCUCCCGAAAUUCCUCACCCUGGAAUUGACCCAGUUAUGCUGAACAUCCAUUUGUUCAUGCAGCUUCAUGUCACAACUGUUUUUUUCCCCCCAAAAUAAGGAUCAUUAACUUUUUUAUUUGCUUGUUUUCCUCCCAAAGCCUGCUGAACUCAGGCUUUGAAAUCAUGUAGCACUAAAGGAAUUUCUGGAAUAUUCCAGUUUCUUCUGCUUCCUAGACCAGUUUGGCAAAGCCCACUGGUGUUUCCAGCAUCCUGGAGUCUGAUUCUCCUCUUGAAGUUCCUGGGAAAAGCAAUCCAUGUCCUCUGUGGGACACCCAAGCCCACACCCAUCUCCAGCAGCAUUCAAAGGUGGCAGACACCUGAUUAAUUAAUCAUUUUAAUGACCCCACUGCCUAGCAGGCAGCUCCAGCAGCACUGGGUGAUCCCAAUGGAGCAGUUACCAAGGAAAAGAUGGAAAUGUGUGCAGUCCCAGAGCUCUGGGUGGAUCCCCCAGACCUGAUCCUGCUCAGAGGCUGAGGGAGCACAGCAGGAGCUGGCCUGGGAGCUGCAGCUGCUCCAGGAUUCUGUGCUGCCCCACAGGGAAGUUCUGCAGCCCUCUUUCCAUGUGCAGCACACACCUGCAUGAGAAAGGAGGUGACCCUGGUCUGGGCUUUCCUUGUUCCUGAGUGCAGGGGAGCUGCAGGAGCCUGGGCUGCAGCUGCUUCUCUUCCUUCUGCACCAAUUAGGGACCAGCUCAUGAACUGCUUGAGGAGAUUUGCAUAUUUGCAGAUUUUCUAGAGCUUUCUGAAACCUUGUUUUAAGUCUUCCACGUCACCCCUGGCCAGGGAGGGAUCCCCAGCCACCACACAAAGUGCACAGUCCAUCACCUGAACAUCUCAAGUGCCAAAACCACUUGGGUUUGACAAAAACAAAUUUGUGAUGGGCCUGAGGUCCAUCCCAUGGGGUUAAGCUGCCUUGACUCCUGGCUUUCUCCCCAAACCCAUUCCAUUCCAAUAAAAGGCACCAGGGACCCUGCAGGUCUCCCUCCUUGCUGGGGUGUUUAGUUCUUUUUGAAAAGAGAUAUUUAAGUACAAAUACACCAUCCAUGCUGGGAGACUCUUCAUUUAUUGCAGAUACUCUUGGUUUGGAAAAGGGAUUUCUGUUGAGGACACAGUGAGCAGGGAAAGCGGUGCUGGGGUCAGGAUUGGUGAUUCCUGCUGGGAUCCCAGCACUGCUGAGGUUCAGUUGGGAUUGUGGAGUUCUGACUGAAGCAAUCCAGCCUCAUUCUCCAGUCCUCACAUCAUUUCUUGUUAUUAAAAUAAUACUAAAGAGCAGAGCUCUGUUCUGAGCUCUGGCAGACACAGAGGAUUUAGAAAUGUUUACAAAAUUGGGAUUUUCUUAAGUUUUGUUCUUAUCUGAGUUUCUCACUCGGAUCCUUUGGAUUAACAAGGAUUUAACCAAUCAAGGUGAUAACAACAAUCUCUAAAGAGAAAAUUCAGCACAUUCUUACGUCUGAGAAUCAAUUAUUUUAAUUGUUAACCUUUGAAUUGCAAAUACUUCCUCCCUGGAGUUGUGUUUAACAUGUACAGAUUCUUUUCCUGAUGCCAAAACCUUUCCCCCAUGGGAUGUGCAACUCACAGCUGCUGAUAUUUGUAACUCCACUUUGAUGCCAAAUCUUCUGAAUUCAGUUUGGUCUCAACACCAGAAUUCCCUGGAGCAUCCAGACUCUGCUGUCUUUACUGACUCCACCAUUCUGAAAUAAUAUUGUUCUUCCUGUUGUUCCCAGCACACUGAUCUGGGUAAGUCAGGGGUUCUGACACUCCUUUUUUCUUCAAUAAUCCAUUAAAUGUGUCCUCUGCUUGAUCCCAUAUUCCUGAUUUUUUGUAAGGUGAAACAAUUGAAGACUACACAUGACAAAAUCAGAUGCUUAUUUUAUAAAAUGCCAUUUAUACAAACCUGGGUUUGCUCCUAAAAAUGUGCAUUUUAAAGUCAAGUUCUGUUGCCCUGUUGGUGCCAGUCCAGGUUUGGAUCCAUGGGAUUCUGCUGCCUUGUAUUUUGUUGGAGUUGCCUCUCAUUCCCUCAGAUAUUAGUCCUACCCUGUAAUGCAGCCAAGCUUAACUCUGGGGAAAUGGAAUUAAAAUGAUCCUAAAAGACAGUGUGGUGUCAUUUUAAGAGGCAUUUGAAUAACCUUGGUGAGGUUGUUACCAAGCCCAGUUUAUUUUAGAUAGAAAAAUAAAGGUGUCUCUUUUAAAAAAAAGGGAAAUUUUAAUGAAGUUGUAAAAUGUAAGUAAGGAAUGAACUCAGAGUAAGAGGUGAAAAUGCUACUUAGGAGUGAAAUUUCAGAUUUCUUUCAUUGUGUGUGGAAUCCACUCCGGAAGUCAGGAGGAAUAUUGUGAUUAAAUCCACACAGAGAAUGUGGGGAGGAGGUGAAAUCAUUCCAAGUGUUAACAAUGUCACUCCUUUGUUCUCUGGAGCUGGGAGCAGCCUUGGCUCGGUGUCAGGAUGAUUGAUGGACCGGCCUGGGGAAUUUGGGAAACCAAAUUCCUGUCCAGGAGCAAGGUGUGCCCAGGAAUGGCACCUGCUGAUCAUCCCCUGCCUUACCAAUAUUGCCUGGAAAGCAAAUCCACUGUAACAUCCCCAAAAACUCUUCUGCCAGCGCUGUGAAAACAGAGCAAGGGAAAAGAAG